GAUUUGGAUUCAAGGCAGCCCUGGUCGGAUUAGUUCCGCACAUGGCAACCGUCAAGGAAGUGCAGUGUGAGGUCACCUGGCGGGGUGUGAAGUUUUGUAAACGUGUGAAUGAGACGCCAAUGCCGCAAGCUGUGGAGGGGUAUCAUAGCUUUGAAAGUGAGUCGGCGCUUCCGGUUGGGCUUUUACCUGAGCUGGGACGGCAUAGGUCGCUUUGUACGUCGUAAGGGUGGAUGGUGGUGGCGAGGUUGGAAGCGAAGAAGAGGGGUGGGCUCUUGCUAUGAUUUCUGUUCUAUCGAUGGUACCCUAGUCGUUUACUUGAACCAAACACCAACAUACGCCGCUCGCUCUCGCAAGGCUCUGACCAGCUGAGGGAAGCGAAAGUUGUGGAAUUCUUCAAGUGCAAACCAUCGAG